GAAGGGGAAAGGUGCAGUUUGCUUUGCUGGGUCAGCACCAGCCAAAACCACCCCUCCCAAGUCAUGAAGCAAUUAAGCAAAGCCAAAGCGGCAGGCGGCAGGCGGCAGCAUAGCCUCAGCUGUCAGCUCCACCCUCGCCUCCGCCGGCGCCGCGCCAUGAGAGAUCCCAAGCCGAGGAGAAGCCCAGCAGCUCCCACCCUCGCCAGCAGUGGCAGGCUGCGGAAGCACUCCACGUGGCUCCUCCUCCUCCUGCUGUGGUUCGCCCUCUCCGUCUACCUCUUCAUCUCCUCCACGCCGCCCGCCGCCGCGCCGCUCCGGCGCUCCGCCUUCCUCCGCUCCAAGGCCCGUGCCCUCUCAGCCACCACCGCAACCCCCGUCCGGAUCUACGUCUACGACCUCCCCGCCCGCUUCAACCGCGACUGGGUGUCCGCCGACGCGCGCUGCGCCCGCCACCUCUUCGCGGCCGAGGUGGCCGUGCACGAGGCGCUGCUGGCCUACGCCGGCCGCGCCCCGCGCCCCGAGGACGCCGACCUCUUCUUCGUCCCCGUCUACGUCUCCUGCAACUUCUCCACGCCCAACGGGUUCCCCUCGCUCUCGCACGCGCGGGGCCUGCUCGCCGAGGCCGUCCACCUCCUCCGGACCCAGAUGCCCUACUGGAAUCGCUCCGCCGGAGCCGACCACGUCUUCGUCGCCUCGCACGACUUCGGCGCCUGCUUCCAUCCCAUGGAGGAUGUGGCCAUCGCCGACGGCAUACCAGAGUUCCUCAAGAGAUCCAUCCUGCUGCAGACAUUUGGUGUGCAGGGCCAUCACGUAUGUCAGGAGGUGGAGCAUGUGGUGAUCCCACCUCAUGUGCCACCAGAGGUGGCUCAUGAGCUACCGGAGCCGAAGAAGGUGCGGAGGGACAUUUUUGCCUUCUUCCGGGGCAAGAUGGAGGUGCACCCCAAGAACAUUAGUGGCCGCUUCUACAGCAAGAAGGUGAGGACUGAGUUACUACAGCAUUAUGGUCGCAAUCGCAAGUUUUAUCUUAAGAGAAAGCGGUUCGACAACUACCAAUCAGAAAUGGCUCGUUCUCUGUUCUGUCUCUGUCCGCUGGGAUGGGCUCCAUGGAGUCCUCGGCUUGUGGAAUCAGUCCUCCUUGGCUGCAUUCCCGUCAUAAUUGCUGAUAACAUACGUCUGCCGUUCCCUUCUGUCCUUCGGUGGCCAGAGAUCUCAUUGCAGGUGGCUGAGAAGGACAUAGCCAGUCUUGAGAUGGUGCUCGAUCAGGUUGUGGCGACCAAUUUGACCAGAAUACAGAGGAACUUGUGGGAUCCAAUGAAGCGGAAGGCCCUGGUUUUCAACCGCCCAAUGGAAGUGGGAGAUGCUACAUGGCAAGUGUUGAGGGAACUUGAGAUUUUGCUAGACCAGUCUCAGAGAAGGUAUCGCUCCUGGAGGUGAAGACCAGAGAGGAUCUGAUUGCCCAAUUUGCUGCAGCUGCGCAACUUUUGGCUGCUGCCACAUGCCUAACUCACAGCAUCGACGGUCAGUCCAGGCUUGAGCCUGAGAUCUACUUCUUACAUGGAUUUUUUUCCCGGUCAGAAAUUCAGAAUAUGAAUCUCAAACCAGAGCAGAGCUCUACUUCUGAUGUAUUCUUCUUGCCAGAAACUGAGAAUAUAAAUCUCAUACCAGAGAUCCCAACCUUCAUCAGUCAAAUGGUAUACUAGCUCAACCAGGGUUGGUGCCUAACUGGGGAUCUCAAUCUCAGUGCGACAAGUUGACCGACUCUUUGUGUACAGGGAAAUUUUUACUCAUUUAUUUAUUCUUUGGAGAAGUGGGAAGAGCAUGCUUUUCUUGCCAUAGGAAGAACAUAGAUCUUAUUGUUUUACAUUAUGUGCAUAUCUAUGUAUUUUCUGGUUGUACUUGUACACUUGUAGAGUUUGUAGGCUUUUCCAAUUAGUAUCCUGUAAAUCGAAGGGUGUCAACUGUUAAAGAAUGCAUUGGUGAUUGGAUGACAACCUGUAGCACUCUACUAUUAAAAGCACAAUGAAACAUGAUUAACAUCUAUUCUUUGAAA